UUCGAAAGGUAGGCAUCAACUGCCAACAGCCUGGAAGAUACCAAUCAUUGCUCACUGCAAGACAAUAACAGGGAAGCGAGACAACUGCUCAAUGGCGAAUGUCGAUCAUGUCGUCUUUGUUGUCGACGGUUUUACAUGCUCCGAAACCGCCAUUUCGAAAGCAAUUGCCCAGAUCCCAGCCAUCAGAAACUUCCACUUUGACAUUCUGCUCGCAAGGCUCCACGUCGAACUUGAUGUGAACCUGUACUCGGUGGAGGAGAUUGCAGGAAAGCUCAAGGCCGCGACUGGUUAUAAUUUCCAGGAGCUUGAUAUCCCUCAAGGACCUAUUCUUGAUCUCCUAGUUAACGAUGUCGUUGAGUUCUGUAACGCUCACAGGCCCAAAGGUGUUAUCGAUAUAGAGCCGACUCACAAUCCCACUUGCAGAAGCCAGCGAAUCGUUCGAAUUCACUACAAUGCUCGAGUAAUCGGGGCCCGCGACCUCAUGGCAUAUUACACGGCACUUCUUCCAGCCCUCAAAAUACAAGUGGCCCCAACAGCUACAUGUCUUGCUGCCGCCAAUUACAGAAAGCGGCUUUGCCGAUCAUCUAUUCUCAGUUUUUAUGUCUGUUCGUUCUCUGUUCCGGCGUAUUCUUUAUACAGAGCUUCCGCAGAGCACGGCAACAUGAGCUUCGCGCACGUGGCGCUUGGUUUCACAUCGGCACUACAAAUCCUGGUAUUGCUGGAAAUCUUCUCGGGUGCUUUCAGAUCACUAGUCUAUUCAACAACAGCCUCAAUGGACAUCCUACUUGCGCUCAGCAUCACGGUCGUGUACGCCAAUGAUCUUUUGUAUUAUGUUUCUAGACUUCGACACUAUUCCUUUCAACCCUUCUAUUACUUUCCGAUAUAUCCCUCGACUGUCGGGCUAAUUUUCCUUGGUCGAUUCUUGAGCAACUUAGCUGGCUACAACGCGACAGCACCGGCAUCUCUCAGUUCGCUACAGGUAGACCAGGUCCGACGAAUAAAUAGUCCAGACACAGCACACAAUACUCAAACAAUGCCAGUUCAACUCUUGCAAUACGGGGAUCAUUUCGUUAUACCCCCAUACACGCGCAUAGCCACAGAUGGCAGGGUUGUGGCUGGCGGUUCAGAAGUGAGCGAGCUCAUGAUCAAUGGCGAGGAUGUUCCCGCCGCCAAAGGUCAUGGCUCGAUGGUCUAUGCGGGGACAUUGAAUAAAAGUGGUGAGCUAGUUGUAAAACUAUCAGCUUUGCCUUGCGAAAAUAUGAUCAGCAGGAUGACAGGCAUAACGGAGAAUGCCAUGCUGGGCAAGCUCAAAUUACAAGUCGUGGCUGAACGGCUCACUGCUGCGUUUGUUCCAUUCAUUGCAUUCGUCGGGGUUGCCACUUCCGUUGGCUGGACGAUUGUACUACGGUACUACGAUCAUCAAAGCUGGAUCAAUGCUGCAGUCAGAGCCGCUAUCACAGGUGUUUCAACUGUCUUAAUAGCCUGUCCAUAUCCUAUUGCUCUAGCAGUUCCGAUCAUUAAUUUGGUGACCGGCCACAUUUGUGCCAAACAUGGGAUUUACUUCAGGAACGCGCAAAAGCUUCAAGUGGCCAAUAAUGUCACCGAUAUUGUGUUCAGCAAGACUGGUGUCUUGACAUGCGGUACUCUUACCGUCGUCAAGGCGGAUUUUCAUGAUAACAACAUUGAAGAAACCAGCCGAAUCCUCUGCGGGCUCUUCCACGACGUUCAAAGUCCUGUCGCUCUAGCCGUGGUGGAAUGGCUCAGGAAAGAGAUGCCGGAGAACAAAGCCCCAAGACCAAUCGAGUUCAUCGACGUGAAAGAAGUCUCUAGGAGAGGCAUAGAAGCGACUUGCUCCAAAAGCGCUUCAAGAGUUCGUAUCGGCAGCCCGCAAUGGCUGGGCAUCGAAGAAAUAGAAUCAGGUCAUACGAUUAUUUGCGUGGAGAUCUCGGGAAUCCAUGCUGCAACUUUCCGCCUCGAGGAUAAAAUUCGAAGGACUGCAGGGCCUAUUGUCAAGCGCCUCCAGGAACGCGGCAUCAAUGUACACUUGACCAGCAGCGGUAACAAAGGUGCAACCAACGCGGUGGCUUUUGCAUUAGGGCUCCCACAGUCGACCACCCAUCACAGCUUCUCACCUAACCAAAAACGCGGUUAUAUCCGGGGCCUCCAAAAACAAGGGAGAACAGUCAUUUUCAUAGGAGCCGGUGCCACAAAUGAUGUAUGCUUUGACCAAGCUGACAUUGCUGUUCGUAUCAGUCACAAUUAUUUCACCACGAUCACCACACACGACAAGUUUGAGAUUGCGAAGGCUGCCGACGUAAUACUCGUCAAUCCAUCGAAGCUUCAUGGCAUCAUGAUCUUUCUGGAUAUAUGUGCUUCCGCAAAUCGCCAUAUCAACUUCAACUUCGUAUGGUCGGGCGUCUACAAUGUUGUGGCUAUUCCUCUGGCCGCAACCGCUCUGAGCAAGUUCAUACUCUUGCCUCAGCUGUCCGCUUUCGUCGGCCUUUUGGCCAUGCUGCCAGUAUUCUUCGCCGGUCUCUUGAUGAGAAGUGUCGGUUUUGGAAAAAGGUAUAGACAGGAGGAGUGGGAGGCCUCACAGGAGGGGGGUGAGUAG